AUGGUUGGUUAUUAUAAUCAAUGGUCCAAUACAGAUAAAAAAUUUGGUAGAUUCUGUUUUAAAAACAAUCUAAUUUUACAACCACAACAACCACAACAACAGUUUGAUUCCUUACAAUAUGGAGAAGCGAAUGCCGAUGGAAAUCCAGUAUGGGAAGAACGUGAGUUUCAUGCUUGGUUAAAUGCUAUGAGAAUGGCACCAAAACAAUUUGUUUCAACAUAUUAUCCAUCAUUUAGAAUGGCCAAGGCUCACAGUGUUGAUAUGGCAACAAAGAAUUGUUUCGCCCACAACGAUUGCAAUGGUACAACGAUCGAUACUAGAUUCGAAAAUUGGAUGGGAAAUUGUGAUACAGGAAUGGGUGAGAACAUCGCUGCCGGUAUUACACCAGGUUACUAUGCCAACAUGUACUUGGCAUGUGAAGGUACUACCGCUCCAUGUACUCCAGAUGGUACAAACGAUGGUCAUCGUAGUAAUAUUAUGUUGAGUUCUUAUGUAAGUGUUGGAUGUGGAUUUGCUUACAAUUCAAAUUCAAAAUACUCGAACUAUUGGACACAAGACUUUUCAAGAGCAAGUUCAUGUGAUGUUCAAUACGGUCCAAUCUAUGGUGGAUCUCACUCUUUCUGGACAGGAAAUGGAUUGAUUUAUAUUGCCAACUGGUAUUCAGCCAGUGCAACUAUUACCUCUGCCACUCUUUAUGUCAUGCCAGCCAAUGCAAACUCAGCCACUUCCUACCCAUUGACUUUGAAUUUGGGAUCUGCCUCACAGGGAUCGUAUGCCUACACCGAUGCCAAUGGAAUUACCGCUAAUGAAUGCAAUGCCUACGUCUUUGUAUUCGUUGCCGGUGGAGUUACCUACAGAUAUCCAAGUACCGGUUCACUCUUCACCGUUAAAUCAUCGUCGUCCCAAUGCUCAGCUUGGAGCACCAAAGAGAUUGUUCCAGCUUCUUCAUCAUCGACCACAUCUAACCCAACAACCUCUUCGAAUCCAACAACUUCUUCCAACCCAACAACUUCAUCGACCACAUCAAAGCCAACAACUACAUCAAGUACCACUACAACCAAACCAACAACAACAACAACCAAACCAACAACUGGAACUACUUCUGGUGCCACUACCACAAGACCAACAACAACAACUGGAACUACUUCUGGUACCACCUCUAAGCCAACAACAACCACCGAUGGAACUACUACUACAACCACCGAUCAAUCAACAACAACUGGAACUACCACUACUGAGCAAGCAUCAACUACAGAUCUAUCUGAAGGAUCACACUCUCUCAAUGAUAGCAAUGUUUUAGCUGUACCACUAUUCUAUUUAUUCACAUUGAUUGCAUUAUCUUUGUUAUUUUAA